GGCGGGGCCUGGGAAGCGGGGCUCUUCGAGGCGAGACCCGGACGCUGGGGCUGUUUACAGCUUCUUUCCCUCCCUGGCCCCCUUCCCCUCCGGUGGGGGCCGCGGAGCCCUCGGCCCAGGCAGUGGAGGGGGCCUCGCAGACCCUGGCCGCGAGCGUGCGGGAGGCACAUCAACAAAAACAAAAACAGAGGAUCCUUUCCUGGAGAUUCCUUCAAGACUUCCCUUUUCUUGAGCUAAGGGACCGCAGCUUUAUCUAAGGAACUUUGAUUGCUCUCCCUCCAAAUUAUUUGAGCCUCCUGCACCCUCCCCUUUGCUGAGGAUCGUCCAGCCAGGCUUGGAAAUCAGGGUCUUAGGAUUCUUCUUGGAUUGAGACCCUCAGGAAUUGGAUGAAGUCAUUGAUGACUAAAGAACUACAGUGCUGGUGAGAUGUGUAAGAAAUUAUAAAGAGCUCCGAUGGGCUCUUUGGGUGAUACCCAGUGCAGUGAACUGCAGGUUCGUCUUGACCCCAGACAUAAGGCGGUUCAACAUAAUACGCUGGCCCUAAACAGCUCCAGAUGCCAAGAAUUGGCAAAUCACUACUUUGGUUUCAAUGGGUGGUCAAAAAGGAUCAUCAAGCUUCAGGAUCUUUCUAACCUUGAAGAAAGGGAAAAUGAAGCUAUUGUGACACCACUUCAGAAGCAAAGCCUGAAGUUCUUCUGUGCUUUAGAGGUGGUGUUGCCCUCCCACGAGUGCAGGAGAACCGAAGUUGUCAUGGCUGAGGAACCUUUGCAUAAGUUGGAGGAAGGGUCAUUAUCAUUCCUUAUGGAAAGGAAGGUAACCCAGAAGCUUGCUGUUCAGAAGGCUAUGACAGAUGCAUUCCAGAAACUGCUGAUUGUGGUUUUAGGAUAAGAAAAGGUUCUUUCUAAAAGGAUGCAUUUGUAAUGAGGAUAAAAAAGCACACUGUAAAAACCUCAAGUUCCAGCUUUGAUGCUCAAACUUUGGACAAGCUACUAAACUGCUCUGUGCCUCAGUUUCUCCAUCUGUAAAAUGAAGCGAAUAAUAGUAUCUGCUCCCUAGUCUGAAGAUCAUAUGAGAAGAUGAGAACAAAAGCAUUAUACAGUAUACAUCAGAGGUUACAAACUGGUGUGUUUUGUGUGGCCCAUGUUGUUGGCCAGCAGAGUUUAAAAUUUGAAUUGGUUUGCUACUUUUAAAAUGUGGAUAUUUCACAGAGCAAUUUGGAUUUCUGGCUUCUCUUGAAACUUUUUAAGAACUGCAGGCUAGUUCUAAGAAGCCCAACAGGCUGCGUAAGCGGUCCUAAUGUCUUGAACAAUGAAAUGGAGGAAAUCCUAUAUGCAUGAUCCAGUCACUAUGAAGACUGUCUCUCAUCUGUAGCAACCCUGCUUGCAAAUCAAGUUAAGCAAGGCCCCAUGGAGACAGAAGGACAGACUGAACUCUGGGGACUGGGCUCCAUGUAGUGGGAGCGGAGGGCAGAGACGGCCACCUAAAGGACCAGCUGAGUGGAUGAAAGAUUGGACAACUCCGCAUUGUGACUCCCUGCAAUGGCCUCAUUAUGACCAUGGUCCCUCACCUGUUGGUGGGUGUCCCCAGGUCCUGGCAUGAGUGCAGUGUGGGUCA